AUGGCCGUACUAGAAGACAGAGAAGAUGCCUUGCUUUAUCUUCAGGAUGCCACUCUCCAGCGGGUCUUUGGAAAUCACCUGCCACCCUUCCCACCAAAGUACUACCUAGCGAUGACUACAUCUAUGGCUGACCAGAGGAGGGAGCAGCUGGAACAAUAUUUGCAAAAUGUAACCAUGGACCCAAACGUGUUGAGAAGUGAUGUCUUCAUUGAUUUUUUAAAACUGGUACAGCUGGACACCUUUAGCAUCGCUACCAAGAAAGCCUCUCUGGAUCUAUUUCUGCCUGAUGGAAGGAGCAUCAAAGUUGAAGUUCUAACAUCAGAUACUGCCGAGAGAGUUCUAGAGGUGGUGUCACACAAAAUUGGACUGUGUCGGGAGCUCCUGGACCACUUCGGCCUAUUUCUCAUUCGGUUUUGCAAGGAGGGCAAGCUCUCUGUCCUGAAAAAGCUGGCGGACUUUGAACUCCCCUAUGUCAGCCUUCACAGUGCUGAAGUAGAAAAGUGCCAGGUUGGACUCAGAAAGUGGUACCUGGAUCCGUCCCUUGACGCCUCACUGAUGGACUGCAGAGCCGCCGUGGACCUGAUCUGCAUGCAGGCAUUAAAAGACAUUGAAAACGAAUGGGCCAAACCCACACAGGCACAGAGGCAGAAACUAGAGGCUCUCCAGAAGGAAGACAACAAAACAAAGUUUUUGGAGCUGGCCCAAGAGGUACAACACUAUGGAUAUAUGCAACUGGACCCUUGUACCUGUGACUACCUAGAACCUGGCUGCGGAGCGGUCCUUUCUGUUGGCAAUAAUGAGAUCCGCUGCUGUAUCACCCUGCCAGAUAACCGGACCCAGGAUGUCAUUUUCCAGAUGAACAGAGUGAAGUGUUGGCAAGUCACCUUCCUUGGUACUCUGCUGGAUGUGGAUGGGCCCCAGCGAACUCUCAACCAGAACUUAGAGCUCAGGUUUCAGUAUAGUGAGGACAGUCAGUGGCCAUGGUUUGUUAUUUACACCAAACAGGCUUUUUUGCUGAGUAGCUGCUUGAAAAAGAUGAUCUCAGAAAAGACAGUAAAGCUAGCUGCAGAGAAUCCAGAAAUGAAAGACCGUGCUAAUUUUCUAUCAAGAAAAAGCAAGAUUAAGAUAACCAAAAUUGACAGUGUUUUUGGAACCAGGAAAGAAGAAGACCUUUAAAGAGAAAGUCUCACUUUUUAAAAUAUCUUUUAUGGCUAUUUUGAAUGUGAAAGACCUUGGGGGUCUAAGUGAGCUUCCCACUAUCAAUGGAAGAAGCAUGACCUCUUCUCAUUUUUGGGCAGUAAGAUGGAUCGUAUUUAUCAAGACUACUGAAAUAUGCUGACCUCAUUUUAAAAAUAUAAGAACCAGAGUUACACAGUUUGCUUUUCACAAGUCAUAAAUGACAAGUGGCAAAUCCAAGUCAAUUAAACUGGAGUUUAGUCUUUUUUUCCCCUUAAAAUAGAUAUAUGUACCUGGCUUCAUGGGUCUUUCAUAUGUUCUGAUAUUACAUGAUUGAAAGGCUUAGAAUAAAAUAAUAUAAAUGUUUGGAGUUGAGUUCCAAAGACAUGACUCACCAGCUGAGGAAAACACAGUGCUAAGAAACAGAAUCAUUGACAAAGAGCUCUGGACUUCACUGGCCCUCCACUGCCGGGAGCAGGGAUGUGGUAAAAUACUGUCUUGUUUCUUUUCACAGCUCUGAGUCUAUCAGUAUGAACAUACUCAAAGUAACAGGCUGCCCUGUACUCUAUUUCUCCACUGUAAUAAUUGUACUCUAUUCUUCAAAUUCUGAAUUCAGUGCAGUAAUCAUCACACAUUUUGAAUAGCUUUAUUUUGGUAAACAAUGAAUGAGUCCUGCAUUUGAUGUGGAAUAUUGUAUAAGUCUCUUAGCUUUGCAAACAUCUAUUCUUUCCAAAAUGAUUCCUUAACCAAUUUCGGUUUAUCGUGAUAAUGGAUACAACUAUGUAUAGCAUUAAGGUUGUGUUAAUGGAGAG